UAGGCCUGAAUCCAAAUACUCACCCGUCCUACUACUUCCCAUACGAUGGGAAACUUUACGUUUUUCCCUUUUCUGCUUUGAAACUGUAAAAGGCUAGUGCCCAGUAGCUAUAUCGAGCAUUAUGCAUGAACAACAGCUUUGAUAAUUCCAGAAGAAACUGGUAACUUUUAGCCCAGAAGCCUGAUGGGUUCUCAUGCCAAGGCAUGGCUCGUUGAAGACGAGAGUGCAAGAGAAAUGUUAGACAGGGUCCUAACGGAGCGCCCCUUCUUGCUUCUUCCCCCACUUCACAGGGUCCCUCUACGUGUCGGUAACGUUGUUGAGCUUGUAGGCCCUUCUUCUUCUUCGAAAACCCACAUCUUAAUCCAGGCUGCCAUCACUUGUAUACUUCCCAAGCUGUGGAAAGGGGUCAGUUAUGGUGGAUUGGGGCAUUCCGCAAUGUUCAUUGACUUGGAUUGUCGAUUUGACGUUUUACGUUUCUCGGAAUUGCUAAACCAUAGAAUCAUGGAAGCAGCUAAUGGAUCAAGCAGUAAAGUAGGUUGUCACCAAAAGGAUUCUGAAGCUCAGUUUGAAAGAAUGAAACCUUAUAAUGAGGAAUUGUUUGCUUUAUGCAUGAAACGGUUUUUGUACAUCCGUUGUUAUGACAGUUCUGAGUUUCUUGCGACUCUCAAGACAUUACACUAUCGGCUUCAAAAGGAAAGGGAAGUACAUGGUGUUAAUGUUCAUUUGCUGUUGAUUGACAGCAUUGGAGCAUUUCACUGGGUAGAUCGUGGUUCAUCAUCUUUUCCACUGGAGUAUGAUAAUAGGAAAAGCUGGCAUCUCCAAAAUGUGUCUGAAGCUGUAGUUCAAGAGAUUAGAAGGCUCCUAUUAGUGCAUCCCAUGCUUGUGAUGGCUACCAAAGCAGUUGUCUUAGGCAACAAAUAUUCAACAAAUGAAUUAACGUGGAAUUAUAGAAAAUGGUCUGCAGUGGAUAACCCGUAUUCAAGAAAUAUAACAAGUAGUGAUCAGCAACUUCCAUAUCGUGAGUAUAUGCCCGCUGCUUGGCAGUCUUUUGUGACACACAGGAUUCUCGUACGAGCUACAGAUGAUGAUUUGGUUAAUGGUGAGCAUCAAAACAACUCCAUAUAUCUAUUAAAAUGGUUGCUGCCACCGCUGAAUUCCUUGGACAAAUUUACAGUGAGAGAUACUGGCGUGUUCAUCCUUUCUUGAACAUGUGUACUGGGAUGUAUGACUUACUAUAUGUUAGUGAAGAAGAGAAAGAAGAGCGAGUGAUGGAAAAUAUUGUAGAGAAAGGAAAGGAGAUGACGAAGAAGAGAAAAGAAACUGGUGAAGCCAGGGAAGUGAAAGUUCUAGCUAAAAAGAGAAAAAGUACUCAAAAGAAUCCUAGUUAUUUUUCAAAUGAGUAAAGUGAUUUAUGUGAUAAGUGUAUUGGUAUUGUAUAAAAAUCAUGGACUAAAGUGUCAAUGAUUAAUAGUUAGUUGUAGAAAAAAAAAAUCUUUUAAGAAUGUGUAAGCUGUUUCGGAAAAAACAACAGUAAGAGUGGCUCAACUUAGAAAGUUUACUAAAAAUUAUAGAAAUCGAAUUAGGGGUUGAGUCAAACCUAAAAUUGAAGCCUAGUGACUGGCGUUAUAUAUGUAUAUGUACAUAUAUAAGAAACAGUAUAAGUAAUGGAAUUGUAGAUUAUGAGAUAAAUAAA